UGUGUGACCCUGGGCAAGUCACUUAACCUCACUGCCUAGCCAAAAAAACCCAAAAAAACAAAAACAAAAAAAACUAAGGGUAAAAGUGAAACAGGAUGGAAUCUUGAAAUACCAUUUCUCCUCCUAAAUGUUUUUUCUAAGCAGGCUUCUCCCUCCCCCAAAUUGAUUUUAUCUAGGCUGUGACAAAAAUGGAAAACACAAUGAAAACAUAUGGGAUCUAUAACAUUUUGUACAAAUUGCACUACAGUAGUAUAAAGUAAUUAUUUCACAAUCAUGCAGUAGAGAUUGUGCUGAGAAAGUGGUAUUUCUUCUAUUAAUGAGACAUCUCCAGAACAAGACAUUGUGAAGAGCUGAACUAAUUUGAUUCUCCCUUUUUUUUUUGUAUCUAGUGACGGUCCAUUUAUUGUUGAAUCUUUAUGUUAACUAAAAUAACUAGUUUACAGUUUUUGGUGGGGUAUAUUAAUAUUUUCAGCUUAAUUUUUCCACCUUAAUAAUGUAAAUUAUCCUUGAUGUACUCUGCCCUAUUCUUAAUUUAUCUCUAAAUAUCUUAAAAUAUUAGAGCCAGUAUGGUUUAGAACUAUACUUGAAAAUGUUAGUUUCUCCAUAUAUCAAUUUUAGGUAAUUUUUUAAAAAGCUCUUUUACCUUUGCUAUAGUGCUUGAAAAAAAAAGUGCUUAAAAAAAAGAGUUGCAGGUUUCUGUAGUUAAAUACGGGAAAUUGUUUUUACUCUGCUUCCCCUGGAUCAGAACUCUGCAGGUAUAGAUGAAGGUAAGAAAUAGGCCCAACAUACGGUAGGAGCAGCUCUCUCUCCUAGAUGUCACCAGCAGGUAAAUGCCUUUAUUUCUGUGUUCCAAUUGGAGCUGAAGUAUCAAGGCAGCUGAACUACUAAGUGAAUUCUCAUACUUGAGGGUAUACCUUUGUUGUUUUUGUUUUUAAGAAGAGGAAUAAAGCUGGUCAGUCACUUGCUGUGACAGAUGAAAUGUAACCUGUCAACAGGUAUUGUAAAGCACAGUUAUCAGGCAAACAUUGCCCUACCUGCUGGCAUGAAAACGCUGUUGCCUGUCUUCUGCAGAGCACAUCCUUAUUAUUAUUUCUCUUACUUGGCCAAUUUCCCAGAGGAAUAAAAAGUGGAUCUUAUCUUGAAACUGUUUUGCUCUCUACCUGAGCAGUAGAGAUACAGGGUGUGCUACUUUAAUUGAACUUAUUUUAUUUUUAAUAACUAGAGGAAUUUCAUGAAAACGAGUGGGUCAACUUGGUUCCCUUUCUUCAGCGGAAAUAGGGUAAGGUAAUGACUUGAAGGACUUUUCUAUCUCUAAAAUUCUGUGAUUCUGGACAGGAGAGUGAGAAGAAAGGGAAGCCAAAUCAAGAAGUUGGUUAAGAUGCAGAAUUUUCUUUAGGCUGUGGUUUAAAGUUUAGGGAAUUAAAAUCUGGGUGAAGUGAUGGCUGCAUCACACCUAAAUAUCAGGUCUAACGCUAUGGCUUUAAUUAGAAGGCAUCAGGUGAUUUUAUACUGAAUGGAUUAUAAACAAUUACAUAGACUUGUUACUCUCUCAUCUUCUCUACUAUUCUCCAUUGCAUCCAUGAAAAUAUUUCUUUAUACAUAGAAAUCAGAAUUUACCUUUUAUAAAAGUGGUUUAGAAUUUUAUUUUGGAAUUGUUAAUUCUUUGAAGCUAAAAUCUUUUCCUUAAAUCAUACUUUUAAUAUUUCAUAUUACUUUGAAGAUAAUCUUUGAUCAACUUUUUUUUUAAUAGAGUGAAGGACAAAGGGUUACUGAGUGCAGAUUGAAAUUUCUUCUCUAAAGUAUCUAUCUUGACAACAUUCCAAAAGUACUCAGCCUUUCUACCUUUCAUUUCCUAUACUGGCAGUUACCAAGCAACCUGACCCUGCAAACAAAGCUGCUGGAUACAGUAUUUACUUUGCUACUGUUACCUGGGAAUCCAAUCUUGUUUCUGUUGCUCUCUCCAUGCCCCCCCCCUUAGAUACAUCCAUUAUCUAUGAUCAUAGAUCUACUCUACAAUUUAGAAAUAACCAGAAAGUCAAACUCUGCUUUUCCGCCUUUGGUUGGAAGCUAUUAAGGAGAAUGAGUAGUCAGGAACUGGUCACUUUCAAUGUGGGAGGCAAGACAUUCACGACACGGCUCUCCACCAUACGACAGUUCCCCAUGUCUCGGCUGGCACGCAUGUUAGAUGGUCGCGACCAAGAAUUCAAGCUGGUGAAUGGCCAAAUUUUUGUGGACAGAGAUGGCUUGCUGUUCAGCUACAUCCUGGAUUUCCUGAGAACUCAACUGCUUUCCCUACCCACUGACUUUUCAGAUUAUCCAAGGCUCCGAAGGGAGGCUUAUUUCUAUGAACUUGAUCGUCUGGUUGAGCUUCUUGACCAAGAACAGCUAAAGCCUAAGCCAGAAAUUUUAGAGGUACGUUUUACGUGCCAGGACACUCGAGCCUUUUUCCGGGUCUUUGGCUCCUGUAGCAGCACAGUUGAGAUGUUAACUGGGAGGAUUACAGUGUUUAUAGAGCAGUCUUCUACCCAAACCUGGAGCAGUAGCUCUUUCCCUGCUCAGAAGACCUUACUUCCAGUCCCACCACAAAGACCUUCAUACCAUGACCUGGUUUUCCAGUGUGGCUCUGAUAAUACUACUGGUAACCAGGCUGAAGCCAGGUAUGUUUCUAUAAAGCCUGAUAACCGAAAACUGGCCAAUGGAAGUAAUGUACUAGGACUACUUGUGGACACUUUGCUAAAAGAGGGCUUCCACCUGGUGAGCACUAGGACUCUGUCCUCUGAAGAGAAUGUUGAAUGCUACAGUUUUGAAAGGAUGAAUAGGCCCGAAGACCUUACCAUAAGUGAAAGAGUGAAACCAGAGCCCACCACUGCAGCCCAGCUGAUGCCAGUACAGUCUCAGAUAAAGAAAUGAAGUGCCUGGUCCUCAUUAGACUAAAAAGGGGCAUUUCCUUUUAAAAGAGCAACAUUCCAAAGGAAAAAAAAUUCAUGCAUAUACACAUGUAGACACAUAUGUAUCAUAUAUAAUUUUUUUUAUGGGGGGCGGGUCAGGAAUUUCAUGCUUUGGGUAGGGUGUGCUGACAUGCGCUAAAUUCUGGGAUAAAAAUGCUGGGUCUCUCCUUCAGUCAUUUCACAAGCAGUGAGAGCUGCCUCUGAAUGAGGAUGUGGAAAAAGUCUAUUACAUUGCUUUAGGAAUCAGAACUUGAAUAUACUGACAGAUGAUGAGGUGGGCAGGGGUGGUUGUUACAGUGUUUGUUUUUUUUCUGUUAUCCUUAAAAUUAUCCUAAAAAUUUGGGUUUUUUGUUGUUUUUUUCCCCACUUUUUCUUCUAAAAAGAAAACUGUAGCAAAAUCCAGAAUAUUUCUUCAACCAGAUAUUUAAAAGGCCUUGGAGGUCUAUUUCUGAAUGCACUAUAGACCUUCCUUAGAAUGUUUAAAAAUGUACACAUAAAUAGGAAAGAUAUUAAAAUGCUCUGAAGACAUCAUAGACACUAUAUAUACAUCAGGGAGAUGGGGACCAAAACUGCCAUUUCUCUUUUGUUCACUUGAGUGGAAGUAAGCCAGUGUUAUCAGGGGGGUGAUAGCAUUGGAAAGUAGUAUUAGUGAAGGAGGAAGAAGGAAAGGAGUGCUAAUAAUAUGCCCAUCAUAUUCUACAAAUUAGUAUCCCCCCACCCUUUCCCCCAGGAUAGAAGGUUGGGAUGUUUUUGUUUUCCCUUCUGUCCUGGAGAGCUCAGCAGGCACUGGCCAUUUCACUAUCUCUGCAUUUGUCUCACAGGAGGUGUUCUCUUUCAGAUCUUUCUCUCUGAGGUCUGGAAGACUAGGAAGAUUUUUGCUAUUUUUCCAUCUGAAGGGGUUUAACCACAACAAGAGUGGUCAGUGAGAGUUUGGGAAAGGUGUCUUGGGCAUUCAGUCCUAUCAUUCUCAAGGUACUUUCCUUGCAAGUUGCAGGUUUCAAGGCCAUCCUCAAUUUUCUACAUGUGUGCUCCUGAGUUUUCUUAUAAAUGUGGUGAAUCUGCCUUCUCUUCCUAAGUGGGAGUAUUUUUUUUAGAAGUUUUAAGGCUAAGUUCCCCAUAUGAAAGUCAUCUAAUUGAGAUAUUUCCCAUUUUGAUGAAUAAUGAUUUGCAUGCUUUUCUUUGAGCUAAAGCUUCCUCGAAUGAUGAAUGUAUCAUUUUGUACACUUAAUAAAUUCCAUUCUUGUUUUCAAAGAAGGAACUGUGAGAAUGUGACUUGUAGGAUAUAGCCACCUGCUAUCUGUGUGACCUUGGGCAAGUUAUUCUCUCUGUGACUCAGUUUCCUCAUAUGUUAAAUGACAGGGUUGGAUUAGAUGGCUUCUAAGGUCACUUCCAGCUCCUUAUAAUUGGCAGAAAAAGAUUCUGUAGCAUCUAUCAGGAAUAAUUAUUGCCAAAGCUAAAGGCUCUUAAGUUCAGAAGAUUCUUGGAAAGUUUAAAAAAAGCAAAUGUUUACAAAAGGAGGCCCCCUAAUAGUUCUGUUGAAGAUCAGGAACAUAGAAUAUGAGUUAGGGACUGGACCUGUGAAUUUGAGUGUGGAGAAUUCCUGGAUAAAGAAACCCUUCUGGCUGAGGCAGCAUGGCAUAGGACAGGGCACAGGACUUAGAUUCAGUGAAACUUGGGUUCAAAUCCUGGGGGUAGCUAGGUGGUGCAGUGGAUAGAGCACAGGGCCUGGAGUAAGGAG